AUGGGAGCGAGAUGGGAGCGAGGUGGGGGCGAGGUGGGGGCGAGGUGGGGGCGAGGUGGGGGCGAGGUGGGAGCGAGCUGGGAGCGAGGUGGGGGCGAGGUGGGAGCGAGGUGGGAGCGAGGCGGGAGCGAGAUGGGAGCGAGAUGGGAGCGAGGUGGGAGCGAGGUGGGAGCGAGGUGGGAGCGAGGUGGGAGCGUGGAGGUGGGAGCGAGGUGGGAGCGAGGAGGUGGGAGCGAGGAGGUGGGGGCAAGGUGGGGGCGAGGUGGGAGCGAGGUGGGAGCGAGGUGGGGGAGAGGUGGGAGAGAGGUGGGAGCGAGGUGGGAGCGAGGUGGGAGCGAGGUGGGAGCGAGGCGGGAGCGUGGAGGUGGGAGCGAGGUGGGAGCGAGGUGGGAGCGAGGUGGGGGCGAGGUGGGAGCGAGGUGGGAGCGAGGUGGGAGCGAGGUGGGGGAGAGGUGGGAGAGAGGUGGGAGCGAGGUGGGAACGAGGUGGGAGCGAGGUGGGAGCGAGGCGGGAGCGUGGAGGUGGGAGCGAGGUGGGAGCGAGGAGGUGGGAGCGAGGAGGUGGGGGCAAGGUGGGAGCGAGGUGGGAGCGAGGUGGGAGCGAGGUGGGGGAGAGGUGGGAGAGAGGUGGGGGGAGAGGUGGGAGCGAGGUGGGAGCCAAGUGGGGGCGAGGUGGGAGCGAGGUGGGAGCGAGGUGGGAGCGAGGUGGGAGCGAGGCGGGAGCGUGGAGGUGGGAGCGAGGUGGGAGCGAGGAGGUGGGAGCGAGGUGGGAGCGAGGAGGUGGGAGCGAGGAGGUGGGGGCAAGGUGGGGGCGAGGUGGGAGCGAGGUGGGAGCGAGGUGGGAAGAAAAGAGAGAGACUAA